GGUCGUGGAUCUCGAUCAGUUGACGGUUUGCAUUUGCGCGUUGCGGACGUCUAGCUUUUACUCGCCCUCCCCCGUACCCCACUCUCACAAACACUGUCUUUAAAUCUCGAUCCGGAAUCGGGAAAUAUAUACUCAUACUUCGAUCAGUACACGUAGCCGAAAUCAAGAUGUCGCGGCUGUGUCUGCUGGCCGUGUUGCUAGCUAUAUCUGGUGUCAAUGGCCAGGGAAAGGAGAAGGAGGAGUUUCAGUGCCCCUCACAUAUUGCCAAUGGCAACUACGCAGAUCCGGCGACCUGUCGUCGGUUUUACCAAUGCGUCGAUGGAUAUCCUUAUUUGAACCGCUGUCCAUCUGGACUCUUCUUCGAUGAUGUGCAGAAGUACUGCACGUUCCAGGACGAGGCCAAGUGCGGUCCUCUACCAACAACGCCCGCCCCUGCCACGGAGGCCCCUGCAGACACCGCCCAGCGGUGCAACACGGAGGACUGCUCCCUGCCAUUCUGCUUCUGCUCCAAGGACGGCACUCAGAUUCCCAAAGACCUGGAGCCCGAGAAGAUCCCCCAAAUCAUCAUGCUGACGUUCGAUGGCGCCGUGAACCUGAACAACUACCAGCAUUACCAGAAGAUCUUCGACGGCAAGCGCAAGAAUCCCAACGGUUGUCUGAUUCGGGGCACCUUCUUCAUGUCGCACGAGUACAGCAACUACCAGCAGAUCCAGCACCUCGGAUACUAUGGACACGAAAUCGGAACGGAAAGCAUCUCGCAGCAGCAAGGACUACAGGACAAGGGGUACGAGGAGUGGGUGGGCGAGAUGAUUGGCAUGCGUGAAAUCCUGCGACGCUUCGCCAAUGUGUCCGUCAACGAAGUGGUCGGCAUGCGAGCGCCGUUCCUCAAGCCUGGCCGCAACACCCAAUACAAGGUGCUGGAGGACUUUGGCUACAUCUACGACAGCUCGAUCACUGUCCCCCCAGUAGCCGUGCCAGUGUGGCCGUAUACUCUCGACUACAAGAUAUCGCACGAGUGCAAAAGCGGCACCUGCCCGUCGCGCACCUUCCCCGGCGUUUGGGAGGUACCCCUCAACACCCACUACGUAGAGGGAUACGAGGGCGGCCAUUGCCCCUACCUCGAUCAGUGCGUGCUGCACAACCUCGACGAAGAGGAGGUGCUGCAGUGGCUGCAGGAGGAUUUCUCCCGUUAUUACGAGCAGAACAAGGCGCCCUACAUGAUGCCCUUCCACACCAACUGGUUCCAGACCAAGCCGCUGGAGAACGGCCUGCACAAGUUCCUCGACUGGGCCCUCGAACUACCCGACGUCUACAUCCUGACCUUGACCCAGAUGCUGCAGUACAUGACCGAACCUAAGGAGCUUCGCGACGUUAAUCAAAUCGAGGCGUGGAAGUGCGACAAGAGCGUAGCGGUGGCCCCGAAGCCCUGCAACAUCUGGCAGACGUGCGCUCUGCCUUUCAAGAUCCCUGAACAAAAUCUCACAGAUACGCGCUAUAUGGAGACCUGCCGAGAAUGCCCCAAUGUCUAUCCCUGGCUGGGCGAUGCCGGCGGUACGGGAAUCGCUCAGGAUAACUAUGAUUAAUUCCAAGACUAUCUCCUUCCUUUUUUUUGCCUUUUUCAUAAGCAGGUAUUUGCCCCUUCCUCGUUUAUCCUGUUUUUCUGCCUCUCCUUCGCAGUUUGCCACUUCUCCAAUAGAUAUUAAGCGAAAUUAUGUCAAAUUUUUCUCAGUUCGAGAGAAAAUGUUUGUAGAAAAAUGUAAUUUUUUGUCGAAAUUAAUUGACUAUUUUUUGAAGCUCUUUGGUGAUUAAAUAUUUGUGUUUUAAUAAGUUGUGGUAUAAAUAAUAGUAAUAAAAAGUCUUUUCAUAA